CUUUAAUCACUCUCUCUCUUUUUUCGGUUUCUAAUCAGAGCAGUAGUAUUCACACACCUCAUGGAUUCUUUAUCAUCCAUGGGAUUUCAAACAGCUAGUUUUUUUCUGAUCUUGUUAUUCUUGUUUUAUCAUCUUCCUUGUGUUCCAAGCCAGCAAGAACGAAGUAGGUUAUGUAAACCUUUUCAGUGUGGCGACAUCACCGUCGGUUUUCCCUUCUGGGGAGAGAAUCGCCAAAGUGAUUGCGGUCACUUUUCUCUGAAACUAAACUGCAACAAACCCUCAAACACAACCUCUCUUACAAUCUCAGGCCACAACUACAGUGUCCUCCAUAUAGACAACAAAUCCAACAUUCUUAGCCUAUCCAGACAAGAUUUCUCAGGUCCUUUCUGUUCUGCUUCAUUCUCUUCCACACCUUUGCGUUCAGAUCUCUUCCAGAAUUUGCAACCUUACAGAAACCUCACUGUGUUCUAUAUGUGUGACCCUCGUCGCCAUUUCUUUGGGAAUUUCACAUGUCCAGUGAAAGGUCUUGGCUCUGUGGUUCAGAACUCUACGUAUCGUAAACUUUGUGAUAAAAGUUUUAGCGUCACAGUUCCUACGAGUUAUGUUCCAGAGGAAGAAGCUCUGAAUUUGACACAUUUGGAAAGUGUUUUGAGGAAAGGGUUAGAGGUGAAGCUGAAGAUAAGUGAGAUGUCUGGUCAAGAAUGUGUAACCACUGAUGGAAACUCUGGCUUCACACGGUUUUGCUGCACGAACGUAUCAGGACCAGAAAUCAGUUGCCUUACUUCAAUAACUACUAUGAAUAAUGGAACUUACAGCGAUAAUCGCCCUUUCCUGGUAACAAUUGGAACAGUUCUAGGGUCAAUACUAUGUGUAUGUGUGGUGCUGUUUCUAGCAUUUUAUCUUAACGAGAGAAGAAUAGCAAAGGCUGCGAGAAUUCAGCACCUCGAGGCGCUUGGAACCCUGAGAGGGUACAAUUAUAAACAAAUCAAGAAAAUUACAAAAUCAUUUACAGAAGUAGUUGGACGAGGAGGAUUUGGAACUGUAUAUAGAGGGAGAUUACGCGAUGGUCGAAAGGUUGCCGUGAAGGUCUUGAAAGAUUCAAAGGGAAACUGUGAAGAUUUCAUCAACGAAGUCGCAAGCAUGAGCCAAACAUCUCAUGUUAACAUUGUAACUCUGCUUGGUUUCUGCUAUGAAGGAUCCAAAAGGGCGAUCAUAUAUGAAUUUCUAGAGAAUGGAUCUCUGGAUCAGUCGUUGAAUCUUGAUGUGAGUACACUUUAUGGAAUCGCGCUAGGCGUGGCACGGGGACUUGAGUACCUGCACUAUGGCUGCAAAACCAGGAUUGUGCAUUUUGACAUUAAACCUCAGAAUGUACUGUUAGAUGAAAAUCUCAGACCCAAAGUUGCUGAUUUUGGACUCGCUAAGCUCUGUGAGAAGCAAGAAAGCAUCUUAUCAUUGCUUGAUACCAGAGGAACAAUAGGAUACAUUGCUCCAGAGUUGUUUUCAAGAAUGUACGGAAGCGUGUCUCACAAGUCAGAUGUGUACAGCUAUGGGAUGUUGGUUCUUGAGAUGAUCGGAGCAAGGAACAAAGAAAGAGUCCAAAAUGCUGAUCCGAACAAUAGCUCGGCUUACUUUCCGGAUUGGAUCUACAAGGAUCUUGAAAAUUUUGAUAACACAAGGCUUCUUGGCGAUGGACUAACCCGAGAGGAAGAAAAAAAUGCGAAAAAGAUGAUCUUGGUGGGUCUAUGGUGUAUUCAGUUCCGUCCAUCAGACCGUCCAUCAAUGAACAAAGUUGUAGAGAUGAUGGAAGGAAGUUUGGAUUCUCUUGAUCCCCCUCCUAAGCCUCUUUUGCAUAUGCCAAUGCAAAACAAUAAUGCAGAAUCAUCUCAGCUAUCAGUGGAAAGCUCAAUUUACUCCGAAGUAUGAUUCCAUGACUUGGGAAUAUAUGUAAAACCAAUCAUAUUUCACAUUUAUAGGUCAAUUUUGCAUUGGAAAAUAUAUUAAACAGUAACGUGUGUCUCAAACUGCGUUUAUCAAGAAAGAUCAUGUAAAAAUGCUAGGGAAUCGUAAUAAAUCAAGAAAUAUAUAAUGUAAAAUUGUUG